AUCUCGGGCCACCAGCCCCCGCCCAGCCCAGCAGUGCCUCGGGUGGGAUUGAACGUUCAACAUAUACACUGGACUCCGCCCCGUGCCGCGGGCUGCAGCCAGGUACACAUGAGCCCGAACCAGUUAGCUCAGCAGAGCCCCUGGCCACGUCUCAAAACACCGCUUUGUACACAACCGUGGGACUAGCUGCUGCUGGCCGAGGACAGACACAGGGAGGGGAGGAGAGGAGAGGAGAGGACCGCGGGACGGAGAGCACUGCGUCCGCAGAAAACCAAACUGAAGCAGAGGCAACAGGCAGCUCCGCAGAAGAACAAAAAGAGAAGUGUCCUCAUCAAGCACCAGUGACUAAAGGUGAUCCACAGCCAUCAUGCUCCGCUGCAGAAUCAAUGGCAGCACCAUGAUUUUCGUAUUGAUCCUGCAAGGGACAACAGUGAUGCUGCUCUGUGGUUGGUACUUGCAGCUCAGCCCCUGCACCUCCACCCCCUCCGAUGGCAAAGUUCAUGUUCUGCUGCUGUCAUCCUGGCGAUCAGGCUCGUCUUUCCUGGGUCAGGUGUUCAGUCAGCAUCCAUCUGUUUUCUAUCUUAUGGAGCCUGGAUGGCACAUAUGGAACAAACUACCAAAAUCCAGUAUGAGAUUGCUCCGAAUUGUUACGAGAGAUUUAUUUCGGAGCAUAUUCCUUUGUGACUUCUCUGCAAUAGAGGCUUGUCUGCCAGAAAACCACAAUGUUUCUGAUUUGUUUAUGUGGAGUCAAAGUCGAGCUCUGUGCUCACCUCCAGCCUGUUCUCUCACGCCACAAAAUGAGCUCAGCGACCAAAGUCAGUGUUCCAAGAAAUGUGAUACUAAAGGCCUGCAGAAGGUGAAGGAUGCCUGUGUUACCUACAGUCAUGUGGUGUUAAAAGCAGUGCGAUUUUUUGAGCUGGAAUCUUUAUACCCGCUCUUGCAGGACCCAAGCUUAGAUUUCCGCAUCAUCCAUCUGGUCCGAGACCCCCGGGCUGUGGUGCGGUCUAGAGAGCGGUCAGCCAAUGCAUUUGUAAAUGAUGAUGCCAUCCUCUUGGAUUAUAAAAAGAUACCAGCAGCUGAAGUGCAGUAUCAAGUCAUACAGGAGAUCUGCCGUAGCCAUGUGCGCAUCAAUGAGAGAGCCAUCCUGAAGCCCCCUCCAUUUCUCAAAGGCCGCUACAAAAUGGUCCGCUAUGAGGACUUGGUGCGCAACCCACUUGAGGAGAUAAAAAGCAUAUAUGAGUUUGUAGGUUUGCAGAUGACCAGUAAGUUGGGGGAAUGGAUCUACAAGGUGACCCAUGGAAAAGGCAGAGGCUCCAGGGUAGAGGCCUUCGAAAUCACUUCACGAGAUGCUGCUGAUGUCUCCCAGGCUUGGCGUACCACGCUGCCCUACAGCAAGGUUAAACGUAUCCAGGAUGUGUGUAGGGGGGCAAUGUCAUUGCUGGGGUACAGGAAUGUUAACAGUGAAAAAGAGCAGAAGAAACUUGAUAUAGAUUUACUUGCGCCACAGGAGCCAUAUAAGUUCACCUGGUUACCAGCUAAAACAGAUUAUCCAAGUCAGAACAAGACAAAACAUGAAUGACGAAGACAUUAAUACUAAAAGACUACACUGGACUGGAUUAGGGUAUAAAUUCUUUAUAGGCUUUCCUGUCUGUUUUAAGUUGCUUUUUAAUAAUUAUUUAAUUCCAUGCUGUCCACCAUGAGGAUUUGCUUGCAGUUUGUUUUCAACAAAUGUGUAAUAAUUAAUAUAAUAAGACAAAGGAGGAGAACAAUCUGUCAUCCUGUAGGGUGUGUUUUUUUAUUUUUGUGCAUUCUGAAAAAUACACGGCUCAACUGAGAAUUGAAUUUUUGUUAUAUAAAAUUGAUAAAUUUGGAUUUCAUUUCAUAUUUAUAUUGUUUACAUUCGUACAAAAGCAGAAGGUAUGAGUUUUGAGAGCCACACUUAAACUGGAUAAUAGAUAAUAAUUUUAUCUCUACUGUAUAAUAUUCUUGUCAAUGGUUAUGUAUUGUAUUAACCAUAGAUUUUCAUUUGUGGUGAAGCUUUUAAUAACACUGAUGCAUUUCUUUCUUUUUGUGUGGGCGUCUUUAAAAUGGAGUGCUUUUAUUUUAUUAACCAUCCAACUUUUUAGUUUCUUUCAGCAGCAUGUUGUAUAUUCUGCCAGUCAAAUACUUCUUUUUUCCCGUUCUAAACAGAAUGCCUUAAAGGGUUCUGCCACCAAAUCAUAGAGUGAUUUAAAAUUUUCAUGAAUCCAGUUUUUUAACUGUAAGUGACUUUAACUCUAAAUGAUGUAACCCCAUUAUGCAUAAUUAGAUCUGAAAUAUGAUUAAUACCCCUUGUGCUCCAAGAGUCCCAGUUUAGCUCUACAUAUUUAUGCUGUGGCUGGAGACAUUAUGUUUUCUAGUUUUCGAUUUGUACGUCCCAUUCUUGUGAACUCGAUAUCUCAGGAACACUUUGGGGGAAUUUCGUCAAAUCUGGCAAAAUUCGAAAUAUGUGUGUUCCCAGGGUUACUAAAUUGCACUCCUAAUUUUUGUUUUUAUCGUUGUCUCAUGAUUUUAAUGUACUAUUUAUAACAAAUAAUAAUAAUAAAAUUAGAUACUUUUAUAUUGUAAGCAGAUAUGUACAUAGGUUGUGAGACGUGUUUGUUUCCAGUACUUAUCCAGGGUUCUUCAGCUGUGUUGUUAGUUAUACGGUCUGUAAAAAAUAUUGUAAAGCAUAAUAAUAGAUAAUAAUUAUAAUUUGAUAAUAAUUUGAUUAUUAAAGACAUUUGUCUGUUGUUGCAUUUUGAAGAAGAGUUUUAUCUGUGCUUUAUGAGACCAAACAAAAUAGUUGAGUAAAGGAGUAGGUCACGUUAAAAAUAGUUCAUAAAGGAUUAAGGAAACCACAUCAUUUUAAGCUGAUUUAUCCAUUAAUUUGACUGGCAAGCAUCGUGGUUUUUUCUAUUGAAAAUUCCUUAAGUUUUGUGGAAAGGUUGAAGAUCCUUCAAUAGUUAGUACCCAUUCAGCUUUUUCACUGUUCAUCUUAUAGCCUGAUAUUUUGAAGAAAUCCUCUAUGAUCUUCGUUGCCUUUGGGAGAUGUGUGUUAGUAUUAGUUCAAUAUAACAUCAAAUCAUCAGACAAACUCAGUUUGCAUCCUUGCAUUCAUUUUAUUUACGUUUAUGCCCCUGACUCCUCUGUUUGUUUAAUUUUGAACCAAACAUUCCACUGCCAACACAACAAAGUUGUCUUUGUUAUAUUACUUUUAAGGGCGGGUGCUUCCAAUACCAAAAACAUGCACAUUAGGUUAAUUGGCUACUCUUAAUUGCCCCUAGGUGUGAGUGUGUGGUUGUCUGUCUU